UUCCGCUCUCGAGCUCUGAUCCACCUGCUGACCUUAAAACCAUAAAACGGUGGUCGGCGAGAUCACAGAAGCACUAAAACUAAACACACCGUCUCAUCUGUUCACGGAGCCCGUUGUUACUGCCGCGUCAGCUCGCACGCUCGCGAUGUUCCUGUCGUCGGUACCGGCGCGCGUGCUCAUGCGAAGGUCGCGCAGUCUGUCGCCGUGCCGCGCGCUGCAGACCGGCCACGGCGAGGCCUCCCGCUUCCGAAACCUCUGUGAGCUCGAACCGAACCGGAGUCCGGUGGCCAGAGUCCCGCGAGCGUCCGGGAAGAGCGUUGCGGGCGAGGAGUCGCGCAUGCAGUACCAUCAGCUGGCCAGCAGGUGGCGCGAGAGCCUGGAGGGCCGCCGGAGCAGCUGGGCGAGUCUGACCGCCGCGGGGCGCCACAGAGACGGACACGAGAGCCGCGCAGAGGCCGCUGAUGCUGCGGGCGUCGCGGGCGUCAUUUCAGUCGCGGCCCUCGCCUUCUGCUUUAAGAAGGACAGCGAUGAUAAAGCCGAGGCUCUUCUAGAAGCUGCUAGAUCCAGUAACACUCAGGAGCUGAUCAGGUUGUUGGCGCAGGGAGUUGAUUCCGAACAGUCCGACAAAAACCGUUUGGGCUGGACGCCUCUCCAUGGUGGCCGCCAUGAACAAACAGCACAAGUUUCUCUGUCAGUGCUGGUGAGCCGCGAGGACGAGUUCAGCAAUCGUCUCAGCAGCCGCGCUUCCUUCCGAGGCUGUUCUGCUCUGCAUUACGCCGCUCUGACUGAUGUGACCUUGGCGGACCCGUCCGGAUGCUGCUGGACGCAGUGCGGAGUACAGCAGCAGAAGCGCGAGGCGGAGCAGAGGAGGAAGUUUCCUCUGGAGCGCAGACUGAAGGAGCACAUCAUUGGACAGGAAGGAGCCAUUAAUACAGUUGCAUCAGCCAUUAGGAGGAAGGAGAACGGCUGGUACGAUGAAGAGCAUCCCCUCGUCUUCCUCUUCCUGGGCUCGUCUGGAAUCGGUAAAACGGAGCUUGCCAAGCAAGUGGCACGAUACAUGCAUAAAGACAUUAAGAAGGGAUUCAUCCGGAUGGACAUGUCUGAAUUUCAGGAGAAACAUGAGGUGGCGAAGUUCAUCGGUUCUCCUCCAGGAUAUGUGGGUCAUGAAGAAGGUGGUCAGCUGACCAAAAAGCUCAAACAGUGUCCAAACGCCGUGGUUCUGUUCGACGAGGUGGAUAAAGCUCAUCCAGACGUGCUGACCAUCAUGUUACAGCUCUUUGACGAGGGUCGACUGACUGAUGGGAAGGGGAAGACGAUCGAGUGUAAAGAUGCCAUCUUCAUCAUGACGUCUAAUGCAGCUAGUGAUGAGAUUGCCCAGCAUGCAUUGCAGCUGAGAGAGGAAGCUCAGGAGCAGAGCCGCCGGCGUCUGGCUGAGAAUCUGGAGGAUGUUCAGAAGAGCGAGAAGAUCACCAUCUCCAGCUCCUUCAAAGAGCAGGUGAUCCGCCCCAUCCUGAAGGCUCAUUUCCGACGGGACGAGUUUCUGGGGAGGAUCAACGAGAUCGUUAUUUACUUCCUGCCGUUCUGUCACUCUGAACUGAUUCAGCUGGUCAGCAAGGAGCUCAGCUACUGGGCCAAGAAGGCCAAGCAGAGGCACAACAUCACGCUGCUGUGGGAGCGUCCCGUGCUGGAGCUGCUGGUGCGAGGAUAUAACCUGCACUACGGCGCGCGCUCCAUCAAACACGAGGUGGAGCGGCGGCUGGUCAAUCAGCUGGCGGCUGCGUUUGAGCAGGAGCUGCUGCCGAAGGGCUGUACUCUGCGUCUGACCGUCGACGGAGGACAGCAGGAGAAGGACGGAGCUCCAGCUCUGCAUCUGGAGGUGGUGGGUGAAGACAGCUCCACCCGAAAACUGGACAUCCGCCCGCCGCUGAACCCUGAGGACGUGACGUACGCUCACUGAGUGAAUCUGUGAGACCCGCACAUGAGCUUCAGUGUUCGUCUCUCACACGUUCUCACUCGUAACGUUAAUAACUCACACAUGAUGUUUGUGAUAAUGGGCUUUCAGAGCAUCUGUCACGUGUUCAGACAUAUAGAUGAAAAGUAUUUAAAUUAAAGUCUAUGAGAGAAAGUCUUUGUGCUGCAUGUUCAUCCCAAUUAAAGUGUAUUCUAUAUUUGUUCAUAUGAAAUAUAUAUGUUAAUUAAUUAAUGUUCCUGCGCUUAUUCCAAAGAAUAAAUAACACUUUACAAUAA